AUGUUACUAGACCCGCCGCCGUAUCUGGCAUCGCUGCAAGGCAACGUCCGCCAGCGACUGAUUCCGUGGGAUGGCGCCGUGCGCGCAGGUUCCCUGACCGAAGACCAACUCGCCCGCAUCCGCGCCGUCGACAAGGUCAAGCGAGAUGUGCGCAUACAAAUCGUCGAGGCCGACUUGGAUGGUUACCGCACACUAUUCGUUGGAGAGCCAGGGAAGAAGAGCGUCCUCGAAUCUGCCGCCAAGAGACAAGACGUAGUGCAGAACAUCCUCGUCCUCUUGAGCGAUCUGCUCGACUGCGUACCUGCGCUAUCCAAAGCUAUCAUUCAGACUGGCGACCCCUACCGACAUUUCCUUCCGCUCCUCGCGCACUCGUCCAACACCGAAGACCCGAUUCCGCUCCUUACCUCGACCGUGCUCGUCAAGCUCAUGGCUGGGUCUCGAGACGAGUCACCCGCGACGGUUGGCAAGGCGUUGCCCGUCAUCUUCAGCUACCUAUCGUCCCUGACUAAGAUUUCGGACGCUGGGCUUCAGGACAUUGGCGUGCAAGAGUACUCGUCUCUGCUCUACGGGCGGGCGACGAGGCAGCAGUUUUGGAAGCAGCGGAGCGAAACAGUCAUCUCUCUUAUCGAGAUCCUUCCGAGCGGCGGCCGGCGUUGGUAA